AUGGGCGACAAAAUCAUCUCUACACUUUCAGUCUUUCCGGGAGAAGCUGAGGAGAAGCCUAACCAAUUGAGUUUAGGUGAUAGUCACAUACAUGAACCAGCAGUGGAUGAUGCCACUAUAGAGAUCAUUGCAGAAGUUGAAGUUGAACUAGAAGAAAACAAUGAAAUGAUGGAAGGAAAUGCCAGUGUUCUUUUGGAAGACGAUGGCAUAGUGGAGCAAACUGAAGAAACCUCUGCAUCUGUUCAACCUCGGAGCUCUUCGGGCCCUCACGACUGUCCUGACUGCGCCAAAAAAUUCAAGUUUGCGUCUUCGCUUACAGCCCACAGGGUGGUCCACACGGGUGAGCGUCCUCACCGCUGCGCCGACUGUGGCCGCCGCUUCUCUUUCAGGCAGGCCCUGGAGCGCCACCGGAACACGCACAAAAGCGGGGCUGGGUACGACUGCGUCAUCUGCGGGGAGACGUUUGAGUCCUCGUCGGCUCGCGCCGAGCACAAGCAAACGCACUCGGUGGACGGCGUGUACGCUUGCCCGCAAUGCGAGAGGAAAUUCACCAGGGAGCCGGCGCUUUCGAGGCACCUCAAAACUCACGCGGUGACAUCGGCACAAAGCGUGGGAGACGCCGCUGCAGAAGUGCGGAAAACCCCAGACCUUGAAUGUGUCAAUGUCCGCACAAGCAGGCGCAAACGCAAACCCACCAUGAAGGUCCAAGUCAUUCAUUUGCAGAAACGGAAAAAGGGCAAGAUAAAGCAGGAAGCUGUCGAGGAACAGCCGCCACCUUUAAACUGCUUGCCCUUAAGCUGUGUGGCAGGUAGCAUUGAAUGCUCCAUCCACCAUACAGAGAAACAGCAGCACGCGGAGAACAUCUGCUCUGAUGACAAUCAGGUGACCCCGUGCGACGAAGAUGGUGGAUUCACCUGUGGUGACUGCGGCAAGAGCUUCAAAUUCUUGUCCUUAUUCAAAUCCCACCGUCGAAUCCAUACAGGCGAGCAGCCUUUCCUCUGUUCUCCGUGCGGUCGCCGUUUCUCCUUCAAGCAGUCUCUGGAGAGACACAGGCAGACGCACAAGCCCGGGCGCACGUACGAUUGCGUCAUCUGCGGGGAAUUGUGCGAGACCCUCGUGGCUCUUAGGUCACACGUGAGGGCCCACACGGUGAACGGCGAGUUCGCUUGCUCAGAGUGCGGUCGCAAGUUCGCCUGGAAGUCGGCGCUGGUCAGGCACCUCAAAACGCACGAACCGGCGGAACGUUUGUUGAAGUGCCCUCAGUGCGAGCUGACUUUCAGCUGCGCCAGCUACCUCAGCAGGCACCUGCAGACGCAUAGGGAGGAGCGAGCGUACGCCUGCAGCUGCGGUAAGAGUUUCACCUACAGGGCGGCGCUGAAGGCGCACCAGCGCAUCCAUCAAAAGGACAGACCGCACGUUUGCGCGCAGUGCGGCAAGGGAUUCCUCUACAAGGGCGGCCUGCAAAACCACAUGAAGAUCCAUUCGUCGGAGAUGCCCUUCAUGUGCUCCUUCUGCGGGAAGUGCUUCAAAAGGGAGCGGAACAUGAAGAAGCACGAGCGCUGCCACACGAGAGAGAACGUCUACAGCUGCUCGCAGUGCGAGAAAAGCUUCGUGUACAAAGCCACGCUGAUCCGACACGAGCUGACGCACUCGGGCGAGCGGCCGUACCUCUGCUCCACUUGCGGGAAGGGCUUCUUCUCCCACGCCGAACUGCUUAAACACGAGCGCUUCCACACGGGCCACAAGCCUUUCCAAUGCCCGCACUGCGAUAAGAAGUUCACCCAAUCAUGUUACCUCACUAUCCACCUGCGCUACCAUUCGGGCGUGCGGCCUUACUCCUGCGCCCAGUGCGACAAGAGCUUCCUCAGCGCCAGUCGUCUGAAAAGACACACCAGAACGCACACUGGAGAGAAGCCCUUCCGUUGCGGCGAUUGCGGAAAAGGAUUUCGGCAGUCCUAUCACCUCAAAGUGCAUCAACGGACACACAAAAUAACAUGA